AUGAGAUAUGUUUUAGGUGAAUAUAAUGAAACUAAUUCCUUGAAGUCAAGAAUCAUUGUUUCUGCGGGUGGUGCAGGGUCAACAUUCUAUAUUUCUGCAUUUAUUCAAGGCGGUCAUGCCGGUGGAAUCAAUGGGUUUCCUGGCUCACAAUAUGUUUAUAUCAGCUCUUCAGGUACUCUCACUAAUUCAACUGGUGCAAACAAUAUUUUAGGUGGCAUAUCAGGCUUGGCAGACGAUAAGAAUUCUAGUUCCAUUAUCAAUGGCUCCUUUGGGAUUGGUGCAAAUCCUUUCGAGACGGGAUAUGGCUCAGGAGGUGGAGGGGGUUAUUAUGGAGGAGGUGCAGGGAAUUCUGCUGUAAAUACUGUCGGAACUGGGUCAGGAGGAUCAUCUUUUAUAUCAGGAUACAAAGGUUGUAAUGCGAUUUCAGAAAAAUACACUCUGAGUAAUCCAAUUCACACAGGUAAACCUGAACAUUACUCAGGCUUUGUAUUUGCAAACCCUAUUAUGAAAGAUGGUCCUACUAUUAAAUAUAUUGGGAAUGGUCAAGCCCGCAUUACUGUUUUACAGAACAUCUUUAUUCGAGAGAAAAGUUGUAACUAUUAUUAUACAUUGAAUCACCUUUUGUUUUGUAUCUUCAUUAUUUUUGAUGUUGAUUUAGUAAAAUGA